CUAGCAUGAUUUUACACACGCUAACGUCAGCGUUCGGCGUAUUUAGCUAACCAAAGCACAUUUCCCCCAUUUUCUAAAUUAACAUUUCGACAUUUUCAUGUAAUAAUAUUGCCAUCUCGCUACAUAUAUGUUAAUAUUUAUAUUCUAUUUUCUUUUGGGUCCCAAUUUCCAGGUUUUAUAGGCUAAUUGUGUUCAUAUUAGCUACCCAUUAACUACGCUGUACACUAUUAUAUCCCGACUAUUAUACCGACUGUGUUGGUAUAAUAGUCGGGAUAUUUAUAAUAUGUAGCUUUAUAUACAACUAUAGUAAGUUUAAUAUGUAGAAACAAUUUUAUGACUUUGGUCAAUAAAAGGCGACAAGGCGCAUGCGUACAGUUAAAGCCCAAACAGUCUUGUCGGUUCAUCUUGAACUGGACGGUCUUUGGUUGAGAGAAAUGGCGUCGGAUAACGGACUGGCCUCUCUGGGGGUGGAGGGGGCCUCGGCAGCUGCACACGCUCUGUCUCUACCUGCAGACGCUUAUGGAAACGACCCGCGGCUCGAGGUCAUGUGGGCGAUGAAGGCGUACAACCACGCAGAGGUUUACUUCAACCUCAUUUCAUCAGUGGAUCCAAAGUUCCUGAAGCUGACGAAGCUGGACGACAAAAUCUACUCGUGCUUCAGAGAAACCUUCGAAGAGCUCGACAUAAAGCUGCUGAAAGCCGACGACCUGAAAUCCGACGAGGCCAAAGAGAGGUGGCGUCCGUUCUGUAACCAGUUUGAAGGACUCGUCGAAGAUUUCAACUACGGGACUCUGCUCCGCCUGGACUGUGAGAGAGAUUACACUGAGGAGAACACUAUAUUCGCCACCAGGGUCCAGUUCUUUGCCAUUGAGAUCGCCCGCAACAGAGAAGGUUACAACGACGUCGUGUACAAGGCCAAAUGUGCGAAGAGCUAGCCUCCAGACAAACCAGUGACGGACCAGUAAGGAACCCACCCAGGCCUACGUACCAUCACCAGGAGUCCAGGACCGUCCCUCCUGGAAAUGAAGAUGAACUCUGCGUCUCCUUGAGGAUUCAUCUUUUAACUUUAAUGAAAUCUUCCAUUCGCGUUUAUGUUCCUGGUCUAAUUCUGAUCCAGACCCGCUCCUUUCCUCUGCUCCGUCUGCUCAACGGUCCCACUGCUGCAUUUUGUAUUUACUGUAAAGUUUUAUUGUGCCAAUCGUCAGAAGUGGUUGUUUAUUUUCUAAUAACAAUGAAGUUGUAUUUGUUUGCCUGAAACCGAGGAAACGACAAAUAAAGAAUCAGAUGCAUUUUCC